AUGGUUAUGUCAAGACUCUCUUGUAGUUUAUUGGUGGAGCGCAUCCCAUUCAACCAGCAGAUUGACAAUUUUGAGCAAACAAAGAAUCAAUUGUCAGGAAACCUGAGUGCAGAUGUGGUGGCACAGGGUUUAUCAAAGAGCAUUUUCUUUGUGGGAAUGGGUAGCAAUGAUUACCUCAACAACUACUUCAUGCCUGGUUACCCUACCAGUUAUAUCUAUGAUCCUGACCAAUUUGCUGCCCUCUUGAUCCAACAAUACACCCAGCAACUCACUAGACUAUACACACUUGGAGCUAGGAAAUUUGUGCUGACUGGGAUAGGGAAAAUGGGAUGCAUUCCCACAAUGCUGGCCAGAGCAGAUAAUGGUCAGUGCUUAGAGUCAGUGAACCAAGCAGUCCUUCCAUUCAAUGCCAAUGUGAAGCUAAUGAUCAACAAAUUCAGCACCACACACCCAGAUGCCAAGUUUGUCUUCAUCGACACUGACAAAAUGUUUCAACAUAUUAUGAACAACUCCAAAAAAUAUGGGUUUAGUGUGUUCGACCGAGGGUGUUGUGGGGUGGGGAAGAAUUCAGGGGAGGUGACGUGUCUUCCAUUCGAGACGCCAUGUCCCAACAGAAAGCAAUACCUUUUCUGGGAUGCAUUUCACCCUACAUCUGCAGUCAACGUUUUACUUGGGAAUUUGGCUUUCAAUGGAAGUAAUUACUUGGUUUAUCCUAUGACCAUCCUACAGCUUGCCCAAAUUUGAAGCACUUAUUUAUGGGCUCAACUUUAAUUUCGAUCUAGACUAUGGUUAUGUCAAGACUCUCUUGUAGUUUAUUGGUAUCCAUCCGCUCUCAUAAUUUUAUA